UUGUAUGCCUAUUGAUGUUAUGCGGAGAGAUACCCAGCUCCACUUUUUCCAAGUUUUGAAUCUUCUUUACAUGAAAAGCUUUUUGCAAUAGCAAAGUAAUGUAAAAGUGAUCCUUUAAUUGCGCUUUAAUAUUUUCAUUUCCCAACUAAAUUUAUUCACUAUGGCCUUCUUGUUAUGCCUGUAUUUAUACGUCACUCCGUUUCAUGAGUCUCUCUCUCUUUCUCUCUCUCUCUUGUGAUGGGUAGAGAGGAAGAAUAAGGGAGAAAGAUAGGGAUUUGAAAUGAUUGGAGUUGAAAAUAGGAGGAGAGUAUGAGUUGGGUGCAAUGAUAUGCCACCCCUUUCUUCAAAAACUGUCUUUAGGCCUUUUUCUUUGGGUUAAAAUGCUUGAAAGAAUUUCAUUGUUGAUUUCGGUCCCCUCAUGAGAUUAAGGAGGCGUAGACAAUGCUUUCCUUCUUGUUCUUCUCUUCACAGAGUUGACCAGGAUGAAAUUUAUUGGAGACGGAAGGGUGAUAAAGGGCAUGAAUGGUCACAUAGUUCUCCUCAUGUAAUAACGCAGUUGACUCAAUGUUUUGCUGCUAUGGUGGGACCGCGAUCAUGGGUAGGAGGACUCUUCCACCGCUCGAGCAACAAGCGUCAUGUGAAGUUUAUUGACUACUCAUUGAGUCCUAUUCAGGAACAAAGACUUCAGAGGCUCCAAGAACGAUUACAAGUACCAUUUGACGAGACCCAGCUGGAUCAUCAAGAAGCACUCAAAACAUUGUGGCAUGCUGCCUUUCCAAAUAUUCCUCUCAAAGGUUUAAUUUCUGACCAAUGGAAAGAUAUGGGGUGGCAGGGUCCAAAUCCAUCAACUGACUUUAGGGGUUGCGGUUUUAUAUCCCUUGAGAAUUUGCUGUUCUUUGCCAGGACUUAUCCGGAAUCUUUCCAUAGGUUAUUGUUCAAGCAAGAAGGGAAGCGAGCAGCUUGGGAAUACCCAUUUGCUGUUGCUGGCAUUAAUGUAUCAUUUAUGUUGAUUCAGAUGUUGGAUCUAAGCUCAGUUAAACCACGAUGCCUUCCAGGGAUCAAUUUCAUUAAAUUAUUAGGAGAGGAUGAAGGAGCCUUUGAUGAAUUAUUUUGUAUUGCUUUCGAAAUGAUGGAUGCUCAAUGGCUUGCAAUGCAUGCUUCCUACAUGGAAUUUAAUGAGGUAUUACAGGUAACAAGGACACAGCUGGAAAGAGAGCUGUCUUUAGAAGACGUCAACAGAAUACAAGAUCUUCCAGGAUACAAUUUGUUGUUACCCUGAUAAUUGAAUUCAUCUCUUCAAAAGC